AACUUUUCUAAUAACUUUUGUAUCAAUAGUGCAGUUGCAUUAAUAAAGUAACGAAGAAUGGGGACACUAACUGUUUAUUUAAUAAGCAUUUGUUUAUAUAUUUCCGUUUGUGUGGCGUCCGUUUCAGAAGCCAGCAAUCAAACUGCACAUAAAAGGCAUCUAAAACUAGAAGAUACAGAAGAUGAAGAUGAUAGCGGCGCAGCCGACGAAAUGCCGCCAAAAAACACGCGAGUGCUACAAUCAAGAGAUGUAUUAACUCCGCCAGAACUACUACCGUUAGCUAAAAGACUAAUGGCAAAAGUUGACACUCGUUCACCAGGAGAAGGCAAAGGUAUUGUAAGCUCCGCGCGAAGUGCGCAAACUUUGGCAGACACUUUAUUUCAUCGUUUUUUUAUGACAGAUCGACGCAUUGCACGGUUAAACAAAUUUGAUAUCGCUAGUCUUGAUGCCCUUCAGGCGUUAGCCCUUGACGGAGCAGGAAUCCACAAGAACCUGAAACUAGUGAGCGUCGAUGGCGCUCGAUGUUACGUGAACAAGUUUGCCGAGGAUGGUGUUGUGCAUAACAGCAUGUGUUACGCUAAUAAACCUGAACACAGAAAGAGCAUAUACAGCUUGUUAACUAAACCAAUCAAACAAGAUUUAAUGAACGAAAAUGAUCCCAUUCAUAGAAGACAAAGAGAAUCUGGCGUUCCUCAAAGUCGAAUUAAUUUAAUGAAUAAACUUCAGAAAAAGAGAAAAAUAGUUGUGAAUUCUAGACGUAAACAAAAUGAACACGAGAAUAAGGAAGCCGAAUCAAUGACUACAGGAGGAACUAAAGGCCCUAAUACUGAAAAAGAUAAUGGACAACUUAACGUGGCCACUUCCAGACCCCAUGACAUACUUAGCAAAAAAGCACACUUAAAGGGCUGUAGCUGGAAAUUUGAAUGUAUAACUCCAGUGAAUCUUGACUCCUGCCGGCUAAAGACAUCUUGUCCCGGCAAGGAGGAGAACACAGGUGUAGACCGUGAACAAGAGAUAAUACUACAGAAGUUUCGAAGAAUGAUUGGUAUCUCGUCCGUGGAUGAAGAGGUGGAAAAAAUAUUGGAAGUCCGAGCGUUAUUCAAAUAUCCUAGGACAAGUUUUAACCCAAGUAAGUAG